GAGAGCAGGGAACUAUCUCUAUAUUUCUCUUUGACUGUUAAACCGUGGGAGCGCUCUAAUUGGCGGCCGUAAAACGAGAGGAAGUAGUUAGUUCUCUUCAGGGUCUCAUUGGCAGAGACAGUCGAAGAUAAUUAAGUGCAUUUUUGUGUUCAGACGUCGGUGUGCUCCUUUUAAUUUAUUUGAGAAAAGAAGUGACAACAGUUUAACAAUGGCUUCCUUCAACAAAGGCCCUGCCUAUGGGUUAUCUGCAGAGGUGAAAAAUAAGAUUGCACAGAAGUAUGACCCUCAGAAAGAAGAGGAGCUCAGGAUCUGGAUCGAGGACAUCACCGGCUGCCCCAUCGGACCAGACUUCCAAAAAGGCCUGAAAAAUGGAGUCAUCUUGUGCGACCUCAUCAACAAACUGCAGCCAGGCUCUGUGAAAAAGAUCAACCAAUCAGCUCUGAACUGGCAUCAGCUGGAGAACCUGACCAACUUCAUCAAAGCCAUCACAAAAUACGGCCUGAAGCCUCAUGAUAUCUUUGAAGCCAACGACCUGUUUGAGAAUGGCAACAUGACGCAGGUCCAGACGACGCUGCUCGCCCUCGCCAGCAUGGCUAAGACCAAGGGCUGCCAGUCCCGGGUGGACAUCGGCAUCAAGUAUGCAGACAAACAGGAGCGGAUGUUUGAUGAGGAAAAGCUGAAGGCUGGACAGUGUGUCAUCGGCUUACAGAUGGGGACCAACAAGUGUGCCAGCCAGGCUGGGAUGAAUGCGUAUGGCACCAGGAGGCAUUUAUAUGACCCCAAGGUUCAGAUACAGCCCCCCAUGGACAACACCACCAUCAGCCUGCAGAUGGGAACCAACAAGGGAGCGAGUCAGGCUGGGAUGACCGCUCCUGGGACCAGGCGGGCCAUCUAUGACCAGAAACUGGGCACAGACAAGUGUGACAACAGCACCAUGUCCCUGCAGAUGGGGUACAGCCAGGGAGCCAAUCAGAGCGGCCAGAACUUUGGUCUGGGACGGCAGAUCUAUGACUCCAAGUACUGCCCCAAAGCCGGAGAAGUCCCCGAUGAUCAGAACGGCGCCGGCAGUGGACGAGAAUACUUCCCCGACUACCAUGACGAAGGUUACCAGGGCUACCAGGAAGAGGAGCGGGUGUACCAUGACGACGGGACAGAUUAUUAAAAGGAGGGAGGUGAUGUUAGACAGCAUGGAGGCAGGCAGACGGGGUUUUUUAAUAUCCACAGGAUGUUGAGCUGCCUUUUCAGGUCCCAUCCUUUUUUAGCAUUGUAUGAAUUUGUCGUUAGCUCUAAUUGAUACACAUAUCAUGAUGAACUGUAUUUUUGUGAUUCGUCUUUUUUUAUACUUAAAAAUAUAUAGUGAUUCCACCUGAAACCAAUGGUUUGACUUGGUUUAUUGUUAGCACCAGAACGUUUUGUGCCAAAGUUACAAAGUUGGAAUUUGUUGUCCCAAAAGCUGAUUUUUGUUUCGUUUUCUUUUUGUUGUUUUUGUUACAUGAAGGGAGAACCCCUGGCGUUCUACAUGAAACUAACUUUGGGUAGUUUUUGAGAAUCCUAUAAUAUGUAAUUUGUGGGAAAAAUCCCUCUUAUAUCUGUAGUUUCUAUAAUGGCUGCAUCAUGUUGACAUUCAUUCCUGUGAAUACGACUGUACAUUUCUGUGUUAUACUGUCAGUAUGUUUAGUCCAGUAUUGGUCAUUGACCUUAGUGAAAUCACUUUUUCAGAUGAGGGAUAAAAUACAGAUCUUGUUGGAGCAGGUUUUUUUUUCGUCCUAUUCUUACAAACGUCUUCCUUUCUUAUCUUUAGUGCAGGAAAUUGUUGCUUUGUUUGCAUAACCAGUCCAACUGGACAAAUGUUUGUUUUUUCUUUGGACCAGAGGCUGCAGGAGUUUCCAACAUUCCAAGCAAGAAUACUGGAUUUAUUGUUUUUCAGUGACUGUUUAAGUGAAUAUUUCAUGAACAAUGGUUGACAUGCGAACAAUCUUAACAUUAUGUUUGAUCAUUUAUGAUGCUAUUUAUGCUGAGUCUGAACAAUGUUUGCAAUAUUGUUGCCCAUAGAGGAGAACUAAACAUGUGAAAGUGGUUUAAUAAAAUGUAUACAUUA